CCACCCCUGCAAGUGAUCCCAACAAAGCCCCGUUCUAGUUGGUUCCUGCCCGUCGGCUCCCGCUAAGGUGUUCGGUAGGCAAGCCUAUUGGCUUCUGGGUUGUCGCCACAUUCUGAGCUCGUUCGAUGGAAUCCCAGCUCUUUGGCCGUUCUUAUUCGUGUGCAUUAUGGACAAACAUUGCUAGAACUCCAUUGUCGCAUAGGUAAUGCUUCAAUCACCACUGGGACAGUUGACUUAUGGUCUCGUGACCAGAGGCAAGGACGGCGGCAACACGCACAGACCAUUCUGACUGCCCUGCACCAAAAUUGAAUAAGGCCCAAGAAAUCUUCAACCUGCAUCAACCACAGCCGUGGCCGACAACGAUACGCUGCAAGCAACAACACUAUGGAUUGGGACGAUCCUCUGCGCCAUCUGGCGCCGAUUUCCGAACACCCAGCCAAGAAGUCUAUUGUGCUGUCCUCGGAGCUAUCCACCAUCUCGGACCAGGAGCUUGCCAGUCUUAAGGUAAACGUCAAGCUCGAUCGGUUCGGCCUCGCCAGCGCCAGACACAACCGCGCUGCGUGCAUACUCGGAUCCUUCUUCCAGUAUCUGGAGGACCACGGGCGCAAGGUCCUUGCGGCAGAGAUUCUGGCCUGGAUUGAUAUCGAGGACAAUUUGUUUGAGCUCGCCAACCACCUCGUGGCUGCAAUCCUGCUGCCCUUUAAGGCAUCUGGUGGUAAGGCGCCGCCACCUAUCAGUCGCCCAUCCAUCUUCGCUAAUGAAGAUGAUGAGAUUGAACAAACUGUGAGAGAGGGAUACCAGUGCAUCUAUACAGGCUGUUUCAAGCAUUACUCUGGAAUGAACAAGGAGGUCACCUUACCUAAAAAGGCCAAGUGUGGUGAUACAAAAUGUGCCCACAUCAUUCCAUUUGCCCUUGAGAAUUUCAACGAAAAAGAUUCUCUAGAGACCGAAAAUAAGGCUCUUAUCUGGUGGACACUCUAUCGAUACUUCCCGGCUCUACAAGGCAAAAUCGAUGCAGCUAGCAUCAGCCAGCUUGGAAACGUCAUUACCAUGUUCGACGGAGUCCAUACUCCAUUCGGGAAAUUACGGCUUUCAUUCUGGCCUCAAGAGACCGUCCCGCACUCGUAUGAGGUAACCUUGAUGGUACCGCUAUUUAUUAUCGAGCCGAAAUCAGGCUCUUCUAUAAUCCAGCUGGAACAGCACGAUGCUAGCAUUCCGAUGCCAGAUCCCGACUACUUCAAAGCUCUUCAUGGAAUGAAGCAAAGUCUCAAACUCCCGCUACAAGUAGAUGGUGGAGGGAACGGGAAAUUAUCAAGCUCUGUCGCAUGGGAAAGGGAAGGCCAAAUCGUCGGGAAAAGAUGAUGGAGGAGGUGGCCAUAGAUGCAAGCAGUGCCCAGUCCAGCCGACAUGGCGGAAGAACUGUCAUUGCGAUGCAUUUUAUUUUGGCACGUGUUUUUGCACCGUAAUCCCACGUGAGCCAGCCUGAGCAAAUCCUGCGCAGGGACUGGGGGAGGCCGAUUCAUUUGUCAAUUCGGGCCAAUUCCAUCCAAGGUCAGUCCAGUCCUCAGUAGGGGUGUUUUUCCUCCUCGGGUUUGGCUGGUGCCCAGGUGAGGUGGGCUGAACACUGGGUG